AUGAGUGAGAAAGAAGUUGUCGUCCUCCAAACCCAUGGGUUGGGGGAUAAUUGGGAUGGAUGGACUCCAGACAUAGUCGUUGGCAUCGACUUCGGAAUGACAUAUACAGGAGUUGCAUACUCAUCUGCACCUGAAUGGCUUCCUCCCAAAACAAUACAGCGGUGGCCCGGCAAAUUGCCUGGAGAGCUGGUGAAUAAGGUGCCGACCUGCAUUGAAUAUGACGAUGAAAAAGUAGUAGUGAAAAACUGGGGAUAUAUGUGUGAUCAGGAAGAUAAAUCCGCUAGCACAAAGGAAUUUUUCAAGCUACACCUUGCUCCGCAGUAUCAUGACGAUUAUCCCGGCUGUCCGAGUCGCCGAGAGGCUCAGCGCUGGUUUCAAGACUACAUUCAAUGUGUGUACAAGCAUGUCAUCUCACAUUUCAAUAACACAAUCCCGCAAUUUGACUCCCGUCGGGUUGAAUUUCUUUUUAGCGUACCAACAACCUGGAAAGAUGUGCGCAUGGUAGAGGAAACACGCGGUCUCCUUGAAAAAGCAAUCAGCUCCAAAACUCCCCUGCACCGAGUUUCUAUAGGCCUUACUGAGGCAGAGGCUGCAGCAGUUUAUGCAGGGAACGAGCACUAUGAUGUGGAUGACACGAUACUUGUCUGUGACGCUGGAGGAGGAACAACUGACGUGAACGUUCUGAAACUCAUCUCCUUGCGUGGCGAGCCAACCAGACUAGAGCAACUAGGAAAUGUUGAAGGACAACCAAUUGGCUCUGUUUUCAUUGAUCGGAAAAUGUACCAGUUCUUCUGCGGCAAAUUAGAGAAGGUCCAAGAUAGACUAUCACUUCCCGCCCACGAGCUCGCCUGGAAAAUGAUAUCAGGUCGUUUUCAAAGACUUAAGUGCGCAUAUGGCACAGAAAUGACCUUGACUCCAUCACUCAAACUGGAUGUACCAUCCCUGGACGCCGAUGUCGACAUUCCGGAGGCAGAUAUAUAUUCUGGGCAGAUGGUAAUAUCGUGGGACCACCUCAAGGAGGCUUUUGACGUGAAAAUCGACGAGAUCAUUCAUCUGAUGGAUGGGCAUUUGCAUCAGAUGCACUCCAAAUACCCCGAGGAUCAAAUUAGCUACUUAGUCCUUUCAGGAGGAUUCGGCAGUUCCCCAUACGUCAAGAAACGACUCGACGAAAGAUAUGGCCAUGCCAGUAUGGAGAGACACCCAAACACAGAGGAAAUGCAGAUUCUCGUCGCAGAUGAGCCGCAGCUUGUUGUGGUCCAUGGAUUAGUCCUCGAUCGUAUACAACAGAUCAAGCGCGGAGUCGUUACUUUUGGAUCCCGAUGUUCCCCUGUUAGCUAUGGAAUUAUUUGCGACAAACUCUAUAAUCCCGAAAGGCAUAUGGGACAACGAGUACGGUUGGAUCCCCGCGACAAGUUAACAUACGCCAUAGACCAAAUCGACUGGCUUGUGGUUCGGGGCUCUCCUAUCCCCAUCACAGGGCUCAAGAAGCAAUUUCAGCUAAAGAUGGACCCAGGCAAAGAGAACGAGCCAUGGAAAGUGAGCAUCGUGAUGUCCGCUCUCGCGGCUGACAAGCUUCCUCAGAACAUGAAUCACAUAGGAGUUCAACGAGUAUGCGACCUUGAUAUUGUAACAGAGGGCGUGGACAGAAAGUUGAAGAAUCGCCACUGGUAUAAUACGAGGCCAAGCUUUUGGAGGACAAAGUUCGACGUGAAAGUGGUGGUUGGACCUGCCGACCUCUCGUUUCAAUUGUGGUCAAAGGACCAGAGAAUCCGAAGCACAAAGCAUGAGCCUAUUUCGGUGAAAUGGAUGCCGGCCGGGGAAUUUGAAGACUGA